AGUGCUGCCAUCUUCUUACAAAAUCAGUCAACUACUGGCACGCGUUUUACAAAGUGCAAUUACAAAAAAUUUUAGACUGAAAAUUUAUUUAAAUUAAUCAUUUUCGUAAUUCAUAAUGCCCGGCGCAAUUAUGGAAUGUCCAGACAUCAGCGAUUUUCAGGAUGCCUUAAAAAAUUUAAGAAAACCUGAGGACAUUAUAGUAAGUACCAUUAACGACGUAAUUCCCACCAACUCUUUUCACAAAGAUGAAGAGAACGCCUGCAAAGAUUUACAUGCUCAGUUAAAAGAGGGGCAUGAGAAAAGAGACAAUCUCAUAAAAAAUUGCAUUUUAGUCACCACUGAUAGAGUUAAAAAGUUAAAAGAAGAGAGAGAACUCAAAACUGAUGAUAUUCAAGUGAAUAAGCUAUUAAAACAAGAGCAAACAAAGUUGAGGAUGUUGCAAGUGGAAUUAACUGUGGAGGAGCUAAUAAGACAAAGAACUUUAAAAGUUUUCAAUGAGAGAUGUAGGAAGUUUUUAAAAUUAUGAUCUUUUUUGUAUUCUAUGGUAGCCAUUUCAAAUUUGUUUUUAUAAUCUGUAGUUGUAAUUUUUGGAAAUAAAUUGUUAAAGCUGAUUGCAAUCUUAA